GUGUAAGAUUGGAGGGGGGGGGGCUAAUGUUGUUUUGUGUUCGUAGGAGUGACUAUUAAACUACCAGGGGUUCAGAAGUGUAAGUCACUUUUUAUUACGAGUUGGUGCAGGAUUGAAACGUUUUAACGGGUCAGAUCAAACCAUUCAUUCCCAAACCCGUCCGCUACUGCCGUCUCUUACUCAACAGAUCCAUGAUGUAACUUUUGCCGGUAGAGAACUGACUGGCUUCGUUCACCGGGAAAUGGAGAUCGUUAAGGCGGAUUAUAAUUCUGUGGAAAUGUCUCGGCUUUGUAAGAACCAGACUAGACUUUAAGCCACCGGGGAACAGAGACCCAGUGCUCCGUAAGAGAACAGAAUGAAGCCGGCUCGUCGCUGCUCGGCUGUUGCCCGGCGGCUCUGGAACUCCUCACGGGGGACCCCGUCUCCAGAGGCGGCCAUACGGAGCUGUCACCGCGCCGUGAGCUCCAGCCAUGACCCGCUCUCAGCCGCACGAGCGGGGAGCACCAAGACAGGGGGACCCAUGGGCAGCGGCAGCAGCAGGCUGUUGGGGACCUUGGCCCAGCCAGACCUCUUCCAGGAUAAGCCCAUGGAGUUGGACCCGGAGCAGCUGCUGAGAGAGUGUGAGAGAGUGCUGCAGCGAAGGCCCCCUCGGCCCCACCGCCUCAUGGUCUACUGUUGCCCAGGCACCCGAGACCACGGGCCCCCUAUACGCAUCAUGCAGUGGAACAUCCUUGCCCAAGCUCUGGGCGAGGGGAAGGACGGCUUCAUACGCUGCCCCCUGGAGGCCCUGCAGUGGCAGGAGAGAAAGUACCUGAUCCUAGAGGAGAUCCUGACCUACAGCCCCGACAUUGUCUGUCUGCAGGAGGUGGACCACUACUAUGACACCCUGGGGCCCAUCAUGUCUGGCCUAGGCUACCAGGGCAGUUUCCUGGCCAAGCCUUGGUCUCCGUGUCUGGAUGUGGAGAAGAACAAUGGUCCAGACGGCUGUGCUCUGUUCUUCCGCUCCUCGCGUUUCUCUCUGUGCUCAACAGCACACCUAAGGCUGUCGGCCAUGAUGCUGCCCACUAACCAGGUGGCGAUUGUGCAGUCUCUCCAGUGCAGGGUCACAGGGCGGAGGCUCUGUGUGGCUGUGACCCACCUAAAGGCACGCAGUGGCUGGGAGCGUCUACGCAGUGCCCAGGGAGCAGACCUACUGCACAGUCUGCAGAGCAUCAUCGCACGCUCUGACACAGCACUCCCCCUGGUUGUGUGUGGGGACUUUAAUGCCGAGCCCUCAGAGGACGUGUACCGUCGCUUCAGCUGCUCUCCUCUGGGCUUGGACUCAGCCUACAAACGGCUCAGUGAGGAUGGCUGCACUGAGCCUAGCUACACCACCUGGAAGAUCCGCCCCAGCGGGGAGAGCCGCAGCACUCUGGACUACAUUUGGUACUCUCGGGAUGCCCUGAGUGUCCACACGGUCCUCGACAUCCCCUCAGAGGAGCAGAUCGGCCCUGACCGCCUGCCCUCCUACCACUACCCCUCAGACCAUCUGUCCCUGCUUUGUGACCUCAGCUUCACCAACCAGGCUGACGUGCUCACAUAGUGACAUCAGAGUGAGCUUUCAGCCUCCACCAAUCCCAGCAGGGGCAGAGUGACUGUGGAGCAUGAAUGGCUAAAGGGUGUUUACUGCUUUAAAGUGCACAGUAUACUUCCAUUUAAAACUGUUAAUUUAACUUCACAUUUUCUAACCCUGUUCUUUUUUUAAAAUUCUGUCUGUUUGUAUACACUUAUCACAGCAAAUCCUCUGGGUCUACACGUUUAGUGUACAGACCUUAAAGCCACCAUAUUUAAGGUUAUUUGAUUUUUGUUACCAGUACGUGUCAGUAGCUUUAAACCUCCGGUUCACACUGGACUGUCCUGUCCUCCUUUUAGAAUGAUGUGUCAGUGUACUGGAGCCUAGAACUGCUGUCUGCCUUCAUCUCUACAUUGUUUCUCAAACUCUGGAGCAUACUCUGAGCUGGUCUUCUUUAUUCAGUUUUUGUUUUAAUCACACAAAUGGUUCAAAGUUGGACUGGUCCUGGUUUAUAGCCAGUUAAUCAUAAAUCCUUCUUUAGACCUGGGUUAGCCCAGAUUUAGUCCUACUAAAUGGGAUUUAUUUUUAUGGAUACUUUUGAGAAGCCCUGGUUUAAAUGUUCACUUUGACUUGAGACUUCUGUGACAGCCCUAACCUUCAGCACACCUGUAUCUCAGAUAUUUAAACUGUUCAAAUUGUAAUUUUUCUGUUUAAGAUUUUGAUUGUCUAUUUAAAAUGAUAAAAAAUAUUUUAACUAA